ACGACUUCCGGGGUUCGCAGUUCAACGUGGUAACAUGCGGGUUUCAGAGGAGGCAGUUGUGGGGAUUGUGCUGCUUGUUUUAACAUGAUACUUGAGUCGUUAGUUUUUGGCGUUUACUCAGUGGACUUCUCCGUCUGUCGAACAUGUCUGUGAACGCAUCAAAGCACGAACUGAUCCAGCUGAUCCACCGACACCUGAAGGAGCAUGGUUUCUCCUCAGCGGCAGAUGAGCUCCAGAGGCACAGCCCACAGGAGGAGACGAAAAUAUCUGCGUCGUUACUGGACAUCUACAAUUCCUGGCUGAAUGACUCCAAAAAGAAAGUAAAGUCAGACUCAACCAAACGUUCCAAAUCAAAGGAACGAGGAAAGACUCCGGCUAAAGGCAGUGCGUGCACACCAAAGAAGCCAGAAACUCAGAAAAAGUCUGUUGGAACAAAAAGGAAAAAAGGUGAUGGAAAAUCUACGAAAAGUGUCACCAAGGCAAAGAAAUCAAAGGCCCAAACGACUGACAAGACUAGUGGUGGGAAUGAUUCAGACUCUGACAGCAGUUUGGAUGUAGAGAAAUGGAAGAAAAUGCUUCAGCAAAUGACAGAUGCCGACAUUGCCAAGAUGGAUACCGUCAACGCUCUGGACGCCUCAGCACCUCCACUGAAGAAGACGAGAGUCAGAAAACCCAGAGCUAAGCCUCCAGCAAAAACAGACACUCCCAUUGAAGCGAAUAAUGGGACAACUGAAAAAGAUGAAAAGGGGGAGCAGAAAGCUGUGAUGGAGACACCAACAAAGAAGAGCACGCCCAAGAAGAGCAGGACAAAAACGAAGGCACCUGUCACCCCCUCUGGUAACCAGAGCCAAGAGGAAAACCUGAACUCCGUAGGGGACAAACCAGCCACGUCCACUGUCUCUCCUCCGAAACAAAAGAAAGAGAAAAUAAACAUUAUAACUCCCAGUGAAGAAACAACUGAUCAGACAACAUCUGAGCCCAAGAAAAAGAAGAAGGAAAAAGAGGCGAUCAAAGACAAGGUGGAAGAGAUUGCAAAUGAGACAGGAGAAGCUGGAAAAGAAAAAGACAGAAAGGAGAAGAAGAAGAAUAUUGAAGUCACAGGGCAAGAGUCUGUUGAGAAACCCAAGGAGGUGAAGAAAAAGGCAAAAGGAACAAAGGGAGACAGUGAAAGGAUUGAAGGAGACGUGAUGGAGAACAUCAAAAGAGAGAACGCUGAUAGUGAGAACAUUUCAGAGCCUGUAGUACAAGACAAGAAGGCCAAGAAGAAGAAAAAGGAGAAAACUGAUAGUGAGGGAAGUUCAGCACAAACCACCGAAGAACCGAGUCAAGUCAAGAAGAAGAAGAAAAAGACGCUGCAUAGUCCAGAAACUUUACAACUGUUAGCUGAAGAAGUAAAAGAAAAUAGAGAGCAUAAAAGUGAUGAAAACAGAGAAAAGCCAGAGCAGUUAUACGAAGAAAAGAAAAAGAAGAAGAAAAAGGAGAAAACAGAUAGCGAGAAAAAUACAGCACAGCCAGCUGAGGAGACGAAAGAAAAGAAAAAGAAAAACGAGAUUGUUAAUGGUGAGGAAAAUCAAGAUCAAGUAAUUAAAGAAAAGAAAGCAAAGAAGAGGAAAAGGGUGAAUCCUGAUGAAGAAAAUUCAGAGCAAAUAGUUGAAGAAAAGAAAAAAAAGGCAAAGAAAGCUGAUUAUAAUAAUGAGACGACAGAACAGAUAGCUGAGGAAAAAACAACAAAAAAGGCAUCAAAGGGCAGUACGAAAGAGGAAAAGCAGGUUACUGAAGCAAAAAAGACUUCCAUCGAAACAGAGCUUUCCCCAAGCCAGGAUACAGCAAGUCCUCCAACAGAGAAGAAGAAAAAGAAAAGCAAAUUGAAAUCAGCUGAAGUCUCAGAAGCGCCUGAUGUUUCUUUCCAAGAUGCUACAGAGACACAAAUCGUCCAAACGGCCUCAAGUGACGGCCACAAAAAGAAGAAGAAAUCAUCCAAGAGCCAUGAAGACGUUUGACUCUUAUCUCUGCAGAACCACAAAACAAAGGCAACACGUCAUUUCUGUCCUGUCUCUGAUCAUAUUCUAAUGGUUAGAAGGAUGAUUUAAAACUGUAAAGAGAACUGAUGUUUUUAUUUUGGUACCUUUUUAAAAUCUUUUUCAUUGGUUUUAUGUUCUGUGUUGCAACUGUGUGUUUUUUUACUUAAAUAUUUUUAUGAUAAUUGCUAUUUUCAUGGCAUGUAAAGGAAGUAAAGAAGCUGAUUGUUUCAUGGAGUCUUGUGACGUUUGAAAUCUCACCAGUGAUUGAAUGAAGAAAUGUCUCUUUUAAGCACAUUCUCUUUCAGUCUUAGGACGUUCUCGUAGUCCUAAACGUGAGAGGCUCUCUGAAGCCGUUGUAUGGUGAUUGAAAUUGUAUAAUGAAUUCAAACAUAACAAAUCAGAUUUUUUUAAGUUUAUUGUAAUCUGUUUAAUUUCAGUAUGUUUACUAUUGUCCCACCUCUCUUGUAUUUGGCACAAAAACACAGUAAUGUUGUGAAGAAAACAGAAUACAUACAGAGUUUUGACCAUAUUUAUUCAAAGUAUUGUGAAAAACAAGUAUUUGGUUUUGAGGGAGAAAGCUCUAUCUUUGUUAGACUUGUGAUUUUCUAAAAAACAAAAAAAUAAAAAUACAAUUAAAACACUUGCUAAAACUUUCAUAUAUUCACUGUAAAAUAUGCUUUUUUUACUAAACAUAAUUUUUUAAUUGACUGUCUAGAGUCUUCUGGCAUCUGGUGUUGUGGACAGAGCAUUAAUUUAUACAGUACAGAACAGAAGUAAGUGCGACCCUGUGCAGUAUUGUGUAAAUGUCAAAUUACGCAAAAUUGUGUCACCUCAAAAACUGUAAUAACUGUUUGCUCUUGUGUAAAUUUUCAAAGAAUUUUACAUUUAAUGUAUUAAAAUUUUAAGCCCCAAAGUAGCAACUCAA